AAUUUUGACGAAACUCGUUCUCUCUAAGGUAUUUACUUUGUUAAAUAAGGAAGUCAAUAUAUAAUUCAAUCAACUUAAAUCUUAUGAAAUCUUAAUUCAGAGGUUUAGAUUAAACCGGUGAUCGAGCAUCGUUUGAAAUGGAGGUCUCUGGUAAAUUAGCUGAAGCAAGACAUGAUUUAAGAUGUUGUGAAAAUUGUCAAUUUGAAAAUGUUUCAACAAAAGCAAAUGGAUUAUGUCGGGAUUGUGAGGAAUAUAUGUGCAACACCUGCUUCCGGCAUCAUCUGAAGGGUAAAUGGAAUAGAAAUCAUCAAUUGAUUGAUAUGAAUGACCAAGAUAUUGAUGCAAGGAAAUGUGCAAAAGAAGUAGAGAAAUGUAAACAGCACGAUAAUGAGGCAAUCAAAUUCUACUGUCGUAAACACGAAAUUGUUGGUUGUGGUGAAUGCAUUGUAUUGGAACAUAGUACAUGUAAACCCGAAUACAUAAAGAACUUAUCGAAAAACGUUCGGGAAACCAUAGAUUUUAUAAGCUUGAAGAGGAAAAUUGAACAACUGGAGCGUGAGAAUAGAGCAACCUAUGAGAACGUUCAGAAGAUCCGUAAGGACUGUAAAGGGAUGCACGAAGAAGUGCUAACUAAGAUAAGGAAGUUUAGAGCAGAUAUCAAUAUUUAUUUGGAUAAGGCAGAAGCAGAUAUAAUAUCUGAAAUGAAACAACUUAUGUCCGACAACGACAAACUCCUUGAUAAGCUAGACAACGAAUGUGCAAAUUGUACAUCUAAAUGUGAAGGAUUAAAGCAGAAACUUGACCCGACUGUCCAUACAGGAAAUGUACUGUUCAUACAAACAGUACGUAGCAAAGUAAGUGUUCUGGAAAUUGAACAUGAGCUGUCAAAAACUGUACAAUCAGUAUGCGAAGUCAAAGGUUAUGAAUUUGCUCCUAACCAACACUUGUCCAGUAUCAUAAAAUUAAGAGAAAAACUUGGCAAACUGAAUAUUUGGAAUAUAAAUGAACCUAAGCAUGAUGAAAUCACAAAUUUGGAAAUGAACGUUGAUACAUUAACAUUCAAGGAUCCAAAGAAGCCAGUGCAGCAGGAAACAGAUACAGACACUGGUGUGAGUCCGCCACCUGUUUUUGUCGGUGCCCGUGUACAAGCAACAGAGGGAUUUCGGAGUUUCAUUUAUGGCGCCAUGACAGGUACUGUAACAGCAGUACAUCCAGAUGGAACUGUCGACGUGAAGUGGGAUACAGGGAUAAUACGAUCUGGUUACAGAGUAGGAACGGGAAUCAAGCUCAUCUAAAGAAGUUAAACUCUGUCCAAUUAAUGUAUAUAAUUUGGAUGGAAAUAUUUUAGACAAAAUUUUAUCUUGGAAAUAUAUAUUGAAAUACAUACAUAAGGCAUUUGGACAUGAUGUGUUAUCUUAAAUUCAUGCCUUAGUCUAGAGUAGGUUUAUAAAACUGACGAUGUUCUCUUAAAACGCUACUUACACACACACACACACACGCACGCACACACACAC